ACAAUAAAAUAUUCUAGAUAUCACGUUCAUAAGGACUUAAAUCACGUUCGCAAGAAAGACCGAUGUCCGAAGCAUUUUAAAUCAAUAUACACAGUAUAUAAAAGGAACUCUGAAGACUUUAUAUAAAGACAGAGAGAAAAUGUCACCCUUUCUGUGCAUCCUUCUCAUUGCAUUACUGAGGGACAAUGUUGUCGGUGAACCCGCGUCUUUUCCCCAAGGUGUCAACGUAACAGCGUUUGAGGUUUAUAUCCCUGGUCUUCAAAAACCAGUCUGCUUUGAUUUGCCGUUAAUACCCUCGAAAAGAUAUGUACUUAUAGAUAUAAAAACGAAUAAUUUUGAGUACCGACUUGUGGGAAAAGUGGGAAACCAGUUGAUCAGCAACUUUACUGUUUACAAUAAUGGGUCGGAGAGUACGUAUGUAAAUGGGGAUGUACCAUAUGGACAAAUCUACCAAAGCUCCAUGGGCGACCGUCUGACGGUAAAGGCUUUUACAUCACCUUCAGGAAUACGAAUAGUCGUGGCUGCUGGUUCAGGUGUCAGUGCUUUGGGAAGAGUCGGUGGCCUUUUAGCUCUGUCAACACAGGUUCGGGGGAAGGUGAUACAGAAGUUAACUGCAGGUGAUGGAGUGAUGACGAGCACUAUUGAAAUGUCUGCAGGACCGAAGCUCACAACCAUCCAAUCCGUUCUUGUGAAAUCUUUAUACGAGCAGUCCUGCUGGUACCUUAGCAAAAAGGAUGUUCUCUUAUUUGGUCUUAACGUCAAUGAUUUUGAGGUUGCAUAGAUUACGUUCACAUGAACAAAAAAAUGAAAAAUAUUAAAUUAUAUAUGUAAGUUUAAUAAAAGCAAAAAUUCAA